UGAUUUUGCAUUUCCAGGGGGGGAGAACUGUUUGUAAACAAAACAGUUCUCCCUGUCAGCUCGUGCACACUGCUUUGCAUGGCCAUGCAAAGCAGUGUGCUUACAGUGGAUCACAAACACAGCCCUAGUAAAACAGCACCCAGCACCCAGUUAACCCUUUGAUCACCCCACAUGUUAAACCCUUUCCUGCCCAGUGUCAUUAGCCUAGUGUCAGUGCUUUUUAUUAGCACUGAUCACUGUAUUGGUGUCACUGGGGAUGUCAGUGACACCAAGUCAGUUCCCCCCAGUUGUCAGAAUGCCCACUGCAGUCCCGCUAUA